UGGAGCGGGAAGGACAGAAAAACUUAGGCUUCUGUGUACUUGGUUGGCAGGUUAUCCCGCUGGAAAAAUAUGUAUGGCAAUAAUGAUCCUAAUGAGCUUCUAAUCUGCCCCUAUGACGCUGUUCAUCGUGUUGCAGCAAAAAGAUUUCCUUACCAUUUGCAAAAGUGCCGAAAGGUAGGUGACGAAAACAUGGCUGCCUCCAGAUCGAAUGAUUUGGAAAGUAAAGUAAACGUCGUUUCAGUUAGUUAUAUAUUUCUUUCAGAAACGCGAAAAACACUAAAAACUGUUAUUUCUAAUUGGGUACUUGGGUUUCAGUUUCACUACUGAUAUUAAGCUUAGUUUUAUUAAAUUCGCUCCUCACGGAAUGCAAUAACUUCCUACUAACGACUAUUUUUCUAACGUGAGAUAAGCUUAAGCUUAAGCUUAAUUCAACAAGAGGACUUGGCUCGUGAAAUUCCUGUCCAUUGCCAACGAAUGUUAGAAACAAUUCCUUUUUGAAACCUUCGUUUGAUUUUCUCUCAUUCAGUCAAAGCUCUCGUUGCGACCACUCUCGUAAGGAACCAGCUCUAAUUACGACAGACCACCUUUGUGAAACCCGGUUUGAACAGUGACUUAAACUUUGUAAUGAAAAGCCGUGUUAAACGAUUGCUCCCUAAACUGAGCGACCACGACCACUUUUGGGAUUACCCGACUGGACUCUUUAUUGAGCUAUUUUGAAAACAUAGUUCAUAUUUCAGUGGUCUAAGUGUACGUAUCUUUGUGGCUUUGCCUGUUCAAAUGUGUGUUGCAGGGGCCAAUAAGGUUGAAUGUAGUAUGAGUUGAUUGCUAGGAGCCAGUGAGAUUUUGGCAUCUAAACAUGACAUUGCUGUGCUAAAGGUCAAGCAAGGGCACCUUAAGAAGGCCAUUUUGGUUCUUCACAAUUUUGUCGUCUUUUAUUACGGCUAAAGGUGUUUAAAAACAUGACAUUUAAAUAUCUUCAUGAUUCAAACUCUGAGUACAGUGAUGCAGCUGUUUAAGGGCUCAUAUUUUAGUGGGCUGCUGGUUCAAGCCAUUAUUUUAUGACCUACUUCAGUUAUCGCGAAUUGCAUAACAUAUGUGAAUUACCUGCUUUGAAGUGAAGUGCAAAAAAUCAUAGUUUUCAAAGGUCUACAAAUUAAAUGUUAAUUAUUGGUAUUUAGAAAUUGACUUUAACUUGGAAGUAUGCGUAAUUGUGUCUUUAGAGGCUUGAACAAGAGCUGAUUUUUUUAAAACUGUACCAAGUAAAUUCAUUCCAUAAACAUGCUUUAUUCUCUUUGUUACAAAGGUCAACGGACCUUUAAAUUCACCUUCUGGCUACUUAAGUGCAACCAUAUCCGACACAUGUUUGCUGUCACAAAAGUAAUUAAAAUGUAGUAUUUAAUUUACCUAGUGGCUAAAUAAAGAUGCAUAACUUUUGUGUCAGCAAAUAAACGAGGAAGUAGCCAGUUGAUGAAAUAAUAGUGUGAUUUCAGAAAGAACCAGAAGUUGCAUGGAAGUGAGGCUUAAUAGCCCUUGCGGCAAAUUUGAAAUAACUAACAUGGCAAAUGAUGAAAAUCUAAAAAUAUGUGACCCUGAUUCAGAGAGGAUCUUCACUAUAUAAAGCAAAGCAAGGAAGACAGGUUUUUCAAAUCAAGAACUUUCCCACUUUUGGUUCAGCAUUUGGUGAUGAUUUUACAGUCCUUCCCAUGUCACACUGGCAACAAUCGCUCACAGAGCCUAACAUCAGGGUUCUCAAUAGAUUUUUAAGUAGGAGGUGAUCACUGAUAAAGUAGGAGGCUCUUCAGCAAAGCCAGAGGUGUCAAAACAAAGCAAAGAAAAGCGACUUAAACACAAAGUAAGCAGCUAUAAAUCCCAAAGUAAGCGACAAUCAAUCGCCGGGUGCCGCCUUCUAUUGAGAACCCUGCUAACAUACCCUUUAUAAAUUACUAAUGAGUUUCUGAAGCUCUUGUUAGUGAGCACCCUCUAUUGUUUUGCCAUGUGGUUGUUUAUGACACCUCGUUCUCAUAAGCGACCAGCUCUAGUUUCGACCACUUUUUCAAAUUUUCAAGGUGGUUGCUUUCGAGAGCUUUGACUUCAAAGACCCCAUUUUUUUCACAUAUGCCAUAAACAGACUUCUCAACCCCAAGAAACCAAAAACCUAGAGAUUUAUCGAUGGCAUCAAAAAGAACUAAAACCAGGUGUUCAUCAAAAUAAAUUUUUUGUUUCUUUUAUCAAUGACGUUAAAUAUCAUGUGACACGGCAACAGAGAAAUUAACUUUAUUAUGAAGGCUUCAACACACUCAUAGAUUAGGGUCAGAACUUAUUAUUAUAUGCAGAGGCUGCCUUUUUGGAACUCUCAAACAAUUCUUCUCCAGGACACCAACUGCGGCAUGGCACAGUUUGCUCUGGAUACUGUAACUUCAUGGCCACUAAAUUUGACAGUGUUCCUUCCAGCUUCAGUGAUGAUCUUCUGUUCUCUGUCUUGUUUUUCCUCACAAUACUGAACAACUACUCCUCACCAGCAUUACUGUGGGGCAAGACUAAACAAGUUCUGCAACGUUUGGUAAAUAUUUGACUCGUUUACUAGCUGCUUCAGGUAUACCAGGUCUAGCAUUAUGCUUCACAAGACAUCCACUCUGUAAUGAAACAACACCUCUCCAUCCACUUCCCCAUCAAUCACUGUAGCCUUGAUGAAAUUAUGCAACAUGUGAAUGAUAGGCUUCUCACUUUGCAACAGUUUGUUAAAGUUGUUGAACAGAGGGAUUGAAGAAAGUAGAAAUGGCAGAGCAACCUCUGUAAGUGUAUUAGAUAAAGCAUCUUGCAUCCUGGAAAAUCUCUGAUCAGCAAACUCUUCACUGAGAAAAUAAGACUUGAGUGCACUGUACUUUAUGAGUGUGUGGUACACAUCUUUACAGCUUGUUGACACGUUCAUUAAUAUUUUUGCAUAGUCGUGUCCACAAAACUCCAAAUACUCUAGCAAUAUGCCUUUUUUCAAACCAGUAAAAGAUAUCUUUAUGCAAAUGUUCAAUCUUUUCACCUGUUACUUUUGCAAAAGCAUCAUGACCAUUGCCAGCAGCUAUGUGGGCCAGGUGACAGGGAAAACCACUUACAAAAAUAUAUGGAUUUCUCUGUGUACACCAAGAUGCAGAUGAAUUUUUCCUUCCUAUCAUAGAGUUAGUGUUGUCAACACCUACACUCACUGCAAUACUCCACUUCCAGGGAAUAUCGUCAACCCUAAACUGCUCAUCAACGAUAUCAAAGAAUUCUUGUGCUUUUGAUACAUCAUGACCGGUGGUGACACACACAGCAAAAAAGUGGUUGUCACACACAUUGACCUUUUGAAGUAAAAAAUUCUCAUUGUUACUGGAUUCAUUUUCUUGACAUCUUUGUCACUAGAUCCAUCAAUUCCCAAACUGAAUGGGUGUUGCUUGGAGAGUUGAACUACGUACUCAUGGCAGUGGGUCCCAUGGCCUUGUUGAUAAUUGCUGCUGUUUUUGUUGCACUGCAAGUAUACUACCUAGCAGUUUUGCUGUCUGUGAAAAUAGUUGUAAAGAGUGGUGGUCCAAGAUGUGCAGUGUUGGCGAUUGGUGGGUUAUGUUGUAUCAAGAAACUUGUAACCAUAACUUUUGCUUUUAUGACAUCUCUUGAUGUGGAGGUGGCUGCUGGGAACAACUGUGCAAUUGGGUUGUUUCUGUCCACUUCUGUAACCGCCGCUUGAGCGAUUCUCUUUUGCAAUGGUCUAUAACAUCCUUUAAUCCUUGAUGAUUGCCUGAACAUGUUUAUGGCAGGGAACACAUAAAAAUGAAUAUAGAUCACUAAGAAUAAGUGUAACAGGAAACAAACCUUCCCAUUCUGUCUUGAACAUUUGUGUUGUAUUUGGCAGCACCUCUGCUGCUCCUGUUUGUUUUUCUUUCUGUCACUGAAUCGGAACAACUCUGAUUCUUUGUCCGAUGAAUAUUCAUCAUUUUUUGCCAUUUUGACAAAGUGGACGAAAUAUAUCCAGGUGCAUUUAUUUGUAAUAAUGAGACAUGCGAGAUGCAGUUGUUAUGUCAGCCGACAGAUAACCUCCUCAUCUCUAGAGUUCUUAGUAGCUCAGAGGUUAGAGUUUCUGACUAGUGUCUGAAAGGUUGGGGGUUCAUUUCCCAUCUAGAACUCAGAAUUUUUUUCUUAGUUCUUCUCUCCACACAACCAUUCUAUUCAUUAUUAAAAAUAAAGACAUCUUGUGAAUGUUUUUGGUGACAUAUUAUGGGAUAGUAAAGAGAGAAAUAUUUUUUUCUUGAAAGGGUCUUUUUUGCCCUUUCCAAAGAGGUACAUGUGUAGCUUUCUAUCCUGUUCUUUAUGACCGCUGAGAAAUUAAUUUUUUAAAUAACUAUAGUAAUAUUUUCUAAGCGUUACACUGGGAAAGAGAGGGCGAGUUUUGAAUGUUGCAAUGAGUUCCAGAAGGUAGUAGAGCGAUACAUAAAAGAGUUCUGAGCAAGGACAGUGUGGCAUUUAGAAACUUGGAUUUUGACACUGUCAUGUGUAAGUCCAUUGUGAAUGUCAGAUCUCUUGACAACUAAUUGCCGUAGGUAUGUCAGAGCUAGGCCAUUGAUGGAUUUUACAAUAAGAGAGCAUCCCUGGUUGCAAAGUUUUGAACUAAUUGAAGCCUGGCAAUAUGUACCUUACUUGUCCCUGCUCAAACCGAAGAACAAAGCUGAAAACUAAAAACAAUAUUGCACUCACAGUACACAUUAAGGAGGGGAAAUCCAACAGGUGGCGAAUCCUACUGAUCUUGCAGAGUUUUCCAAAAAGGCACUUGCAUGGUCUUUGAACGAAAGGUGCUAAUAGAUUACCACACCCAGGUCUUUAACUGCAUCUACUACAGCAAGGUCUUUACCUAGGACAACAAGAGAGCGUACUGGUGUUCUUCUUAACAUUUGUGAAGUGCCAAAAACACAGAACUUUGUUUUAUCUGGGUUUAUCAACUGAUGGUUAGCGCAGCAUCAUGAGGCUACGCGUAACCGUGUUGAAGAUCAUGUUAAAGAGCCUCAAGGCCAGCGUCAAUUUCUUUGUUACAAAAUGCUAAUUAGAGCUUAGAAGCAUCGACAUAAGACUCGAUUUUGCAAUCAAAUGUGAUAAUAUGCCUUAGAACUGUGGAUUUCUACAGAAUUGGCACCACAAAAUCAGUUUUACAAGACAAAAAUAAAAAUACUCAAGGAAAGUGUAUUCCAUUUUUAUGCCUCAUUGUGAGACUGCGGCAAAACUGUAAGACUUCAGAGAUCUGUAUACAAUCCCAGUAGUAAUGCACUUGUCAUCUGCUUGCCCCAGGGACGGGACCCUGGGCUAACCACGGGGAUUAUAAAGUGGGUGAAGAAAAAUUGAGGAUUUCCCCCGGGGAUGGGGGAAUUUAACAUAGCAUACAUGUAGUCCCCUAUGGGUCAAGUGCUUCUCAACAGAAAUGUCCCUUUGAUAUCUACCUCUUCUAACUGGGAUUUAGGGGACUUUUUUAAUAGUAGUUCCUGUUGUAGCCUGUGUAGUUGGCUUGAUUUCUUGUAUACAACUGUUGUUAAAGACCACAAAAGCUCGUGAGAAUUUAACAUUUGGCUGUAAUGCCAUGAGAAGAAUGGAUAAAAAUACCGUGGCCUUCACUUACCCCUUCAUUGAUGGUGUAGCCUGGGGGCUUGGGGUGAUGUGCUCCCUAAAGACUGUAUAGUCAAUGCCGAUAUAUUAAUAUAAAGCUGUUAUUUUUCUUCUUCAGCAAUAUGCUAGUGGAGGGUGGACAAAUUGUCCAUUUCAUUUCCUCCAUGAGGUGCCAGUUGAGGAGUACAACUAUCAUCUAACCGUAUGUGAAUACAAGGUACUAUAUAAAGAAAUAAGACUAUACAGUACUUUGAGUUAAGAAUUCCUUCACCACUUGACAUCAAAAUAUUGGAAGAAAAAGGAAUUAGCUUGACUGCUUUGAAUUUUGACAUGGUUGGGUUUGGUUAAUUAAGUUACAAGUUUUAAUUGUGAAAACUCCCACUUGAUGUUAGCAUAUAUCGGGCUGCAUAUUUGUUGAACUGAGGUACUUUCAGAUAAUAGCUGCAUUUACCAGGUUGGGACCCAGACAUACCAAAGUGAUUAUCCUUGUGCAGCAUACUUUGUGUUAACUGGAAGUUAUUUCUAUGAUGCAAGCUCCUUUUGUCUGCUUUCUCAUCCAGUAGACCUUAUCAGCUUGUAUUGUUUUCCCAGACCACAUGAUAGUACCCCAGAGAACUGUUUCUUUCAAAGUGUCCUCCUAUGUAGUGCGUCGAUGUGCUUAUGUAUGUAUAAUUAAUGAAAGGACAAAAGGGAAAUUCCGUGGAGAACAUCUGAGGUGUUUCACUAGAACGCUUUCCUAUUUCCUGCUUCUUUGAAUAGUACACCUACCUCUUAUUUCCAACUGAACUCUCUUGGAAUGCUUUUUAUCUGUUUGUUUAUUUUAGGAUACUAUCAGACAGGACUUAGAAGCAGGUAAGUUUAUGGCAUGCAAAAAAAUAUGCAUAGAAUUGUAGGAAGAAUGCUGUAUAAUGGGCCCUUUGCAUCUGGAGUGAUUCAUAUGGUACAAAACUGCCAUGCUGACGAGGAAGGGACACGUUAGGACAAGGCAAAGAAAAGGCUUGCGUCAUUCAAAAAUGGUGAUUUCUUUUGUUUGUCUUGCCCCAGAACAUCCCUUGCUCCACAGCAUGGCAGUUUUGUACCAUGUGAAUGACUAGCUACUAGCUGCAAACUUUUAGGGUCUUUUCCUGGCCAUAUAUUUUUUUGUGGAAGCUGUGCACUUUUAUUGCCUACUGGGAGAAUUAUUUUUUUUUAAGGUGGCUCGAGUGGAUUUUUUUGGGGGGGAUACCUCCCGAGUUUGAGCAUUAACUACGUUGUCAUGAGUAAAGAUAUGGGAAGAAGAUUACCUCAACUGUAUUAUAUAAAGAUGAAAAUUUCUUAUGAUCUGGGUUUUAUUGCUAUCGGAGUCGCCAUGGCAAUGUAACGAAGCCAUUACGUUUUUUAUUUAUCAUUGUGUUUCUCUGUACCGGGAGUUUGUUUAAGAAAUCGCUUAAGGGAGUUUGUACCUGCCAUAAUUGCCUCAAUUUUGUCAAAGUUUGAACAAAUUCUAUGAGAGCGUUUUCAAGAUAUUUUGAAACAAAGUUUUAAGCAUCAUAAAAACAGUGAAAACGCAUGCUAUCCACACAAUUAGCUAAAUUUUUAAGAAACUGAUAAGCUUUGGAAACGCGACUUCAUCUCAUAGUGGUUUGAUUCCAUUGAAAACUGCGUACAAAAAAAGAGGAGAAUUGCUCCAGGCGAUUGCGAGUAAGAAGAAUUUUAUUAACUUGCAUUCAGCUGCUUUUAUUACAGUUUUUGCACGUAAUUUGGUCCAUGCCUACAAAUUUUGCAUUUUUCAAAAAACUGCUCGAUAAAUUCUUUAGAAAUUUGACAAUCUCGAGAUCUAUCGUUUAUAAAUAUACCCUGCAAGUUUUAAGAACAUUGAAAACAGGGAAGGCUUUUAAAUAGAGC